AUAUAGCAGAACACUAUACCUAAUACAGCCGACCCUCCCGCCACAGGUAUGAUUUUUUGACCUUUGACGGCGUUUUCGCUGGAGAGAGAGAAAACGAGGCGGCGUGCGAUAUGUCUCACUUCAAUGUAUCUGAAGACGAAUCAAGGAAUGCAAUAAAAUCACCUACCUUCCACUCUUUUUCCCACAACUCAACUAAUGUCGGUAGCCAUGAUGUCCAUCUCCUCCGAUGUCAUCGAUUUUGUAGUGCACAAAGGGAACGGAGUUACGGGUCUGGCAGAGAUCGGCCUUCAAAUCGUUCCUGAUCAAUACAUCCAACCUGUGGAAGAAAGACUCGACCCAAGCAAAGUCGAAACCGACGACUCCAUACCCAUAAUCGAUGUCUCAAAUUGGGAUGAUCCCAAGGUGGCAGAAUCAAUCUGCGAUGCUGCUAGCAAGUGGGGCUUCUUCCAGAUACUCAAUCACGGGGUGCCCUUGGAGGUUCUUGAGGCCUUGAAGAAUGCUGCUCGUACGUUCUUUGAGCUGCCAGUUGAGGAGAGGAAAAAGUAUCUGAAAGAAAAUUCGCCAUCGCAAGUCGUGUGCUUGUCUACGAGCUUUAGUCCUCAAGCUGAGAAGGUCCUAGAGUGGAAAGAUUACCUUUCACUCUUGUGGGUGUCUGAGAAUGAAGCUUCUGCAUUUUGGCCUCCUGCAUGCAAGGAUCAAGCAAUAGAAUACAUGAAAAAGGCUGAAGUUGUGAUCAGAAGGCUGUUAGAGGUACUAUUGAAGAGACUUGACGUUAAAGAAAUUGACAAAGCAAAAGAAUACAUGUUAAUGGGUGAACUGAGGCUUAGCCUCAAUUAUUACCCGAGAUGUCCAAACCCCGACCUCACGGCUGGAGUAGGUUGUCACUCUGACAUAUCGGCAAUAACCGUCCUCCUUCAAGACGAGACUGGUGGGCUUUAUGUGCGAGGAACUAAAGAGGAUAGUUGGAUCCAUGUUCCCCCGGUUGAAGGGGCUCUUGUCAUCAACAUUGGGGAUGUGCUGCAGAUACUGAGCAAUGACAAGUACAAGAGCAUUGAGCACCGGGCAUUUGCAAAUAGAAACAAGAAUAGAGUUUCCAUCCCAAUUUUUGUGAACCCAGGAUCUGAUGCCAUUGUUGGACCUUUGCAGGAAGUGUUGGAAAGUGGACAGAAACCAAUAUACAAGCAAGUUGUCUUCUUAGAUUACUUCAAACAUUUCUUCAGUAAAGGUCACGAUGGAAAGAAAACCAUGGAAUUUGCCAAAAUAUGACAUGUACACUUUCUAUUGCACUUGAAUAAAUACAUGCAGGCAAGUAUUGUCUUCUUAGAUUAGUUAAAGUUUAUUGUCUGCAUUUUUUCUUGUUUGACUCGAAUAAAAAAUACAUGCAUUCACACAAGAAGUAGCUAGAUGCUAUGCAAUCCACUCAUUGAACAGAACAGGAGCAGCUGGAACGGUGGGAACAUUCUAAGCGCAUCCAUUAUUCUUUUGGAAAUAGAAGCCAAUUCUUCACAAUAGGGAGCACUUAAAGAUUGAUACCCUCUGAACCUCCGGACUCAGUUUCAGGACUUCAAUUGUAAAAUUCAGUACUAUUACUGGUGGAACAUAUCAAGCAAUAUCAAAUAAUGGUGAAACUUCAUUUUGGCA